CCGCCUCUACAUAUAUAUAUAUAAAUUCGUCAAUAUCUCCUAAUUUUGUUUCACCAUAAAUUUUUCAUCACUGUAAACCCUAAUUUCAAAAUCAGCAAUACUAAGGAAGCUCAUCUAUCUUCUAUUCGAUUUCACAAAACAUAAACAGAUGGCAGCCAAACCACUGACGAGUGAGAUUAUUGCUUUUACAGAGAAGAAAAUGGACAUGACAUUAGAUGAUAUCAUCAAGAUGUCCAAAACAAACACAACCAAAACUAAGAAGCAAAGAGUUUUUAAUAGAAGCCAAAAAAUUUCUAAUAACAUUGUUCAGGAUAAAGCUGCUAAGAUACAAAGGUUUAUGGACACAAGAUCAUCUAUGAGACAGGGGCUUCUUGCUCGAAGAAGAUCAAAUUCUCAGGGAGAUCAGUUUCCUUUGGCAACUGAGGCAGCCAGAAGAGCAGCAGUUGCUCCUAUUCGCAAUAGGGCUUUCAAUCGAAGCCGGGCAGUGAAUGUAAAUAAACAGAGGUUUGGGGCUCCUCCGGUUCAGAAGAAUGCUGCAAAUAGUGGCAGGUUUAUUGUUAAGCAACAAAAGCUGGAAGUCAAGCCAGUGUCAAAGCAGAGACCUCAGACAUUAGAUUCCCUAUUUGCAAAUAUGAAGGAACAGAGGACGAAGAUGCAAUCUCAGCAGAAUAAUGUGCCAAAGAGAAAUGGAGGCAGACAGCAUGUAGCGCCAUGGGCUAGAGGGCGUUUUGGCAAUUGAACAGCUGAUUCAUGUGCCGAUGCAGGUUAGUACUUCACAUCGUGUUGUGAAGUGAUAGCAGAACUCUGUGCAGCUGAUUCCAUGGAUAGCACAGGGUUUGGUUCGUUUUGUGUUCUUAGCAGUCUAGAUAUCUUUCUCUGGAGGAAGGACAAAAACUGUUUGGAAUGUGUUAUGAUUUUUGAUGCAGAUUCGGUUUCAUUCUAUCCAUAGAGAUGUACUUGUACAGCAUUUCUUAGUUUUAGUUCUAUUGAUAAUGUUUCUCUA